AUGCCAGACUCACCUGACCCCGAAAAAUGGAAGCUAACAGAUAGUGUUUAUGCAAAGAAAUCCACGUCGAACGUAAAUAAAUAUUGGCGAGUCGGUCUUAUCCUACUGCAUAUCUGUCUGAUGUUGGAAGCUGCCUUCAUCCUGGCGCUUGGAACGAACCUAAAAUUUGGACCCACCUCCGGCAUUGUACGCAUGUUCAUUGCAAUGUUCCUUCCCAAUGCCCCGACAGUUACCGUGGAACUUAUAAUUGGCGUCCUCGUAGUCAGUAAUCCCGAAAUUAUCGCCAUUGGUGUCGUCCUCAUGAUUGUCUUCGCGAUUGGAGUGAUUGUCUCAUGUUUUGGUAAUAAGAAAGCUCUGAAAAUUUAUGCAUUCCUACUAGGUAUUCUUAUCCUUGGACUGAUCAUAGCCACUGCCAUCACGUUUGGAAAGCAAAAUUAUCUGUCGGACAAGGCCCUUUUGUACAUGAGUGAAAAUCUGGAAACGUAUAAAAAUAACUACCAUGAUAAAAAUCAGCUGGCUGUCGCCACCUGGAGUACUGUGAUGAGGGAAGGAAGUCACUACUGUUGUGGACUUGCGGGAUAUAAGGACUUUAAAGGUUGUACUAGAAUGCCGGCCCCGUGUUGCUCUGUGGAUAACCAGGAGGCAGUAGAAUCCUGCAAGUACACGACUGCAGCCGCAAUGAAGCCUCUCGUACCGGGUUGUGUGGAAAAGAUCAUAUUUUACGUUAAUCUCAGCGAACCCUCUCUCGCCGUUGCACCUGUCUCGUUUAUAGUUCCUCCGCUUAUUGUCCUAAUCGUUGUCAUCUGCGCAGCCUUAUGUUAA